GGGGCACGAGGCGGGCGGACCGCAGGCUGAGGAUCAUGGGUAGUCCACGCGCCGAAACAGGGUUAGUGCGAGCAGCGGAGCCGGAGAGAGCUGGAAGAGGAAGAGUCGCCGCCGCUCGUUAAACACUUGUAGUUUUAUCUCAGCUGCAAGGAGAAAGUAGUGUAUAACAAAGAGGCAUCGCUGCUUUAUACGUUUAUAAGGCCAGAGUGUGUGAAGAGAGGGUAGGAAAUCCAUAUGAGGAUUUGGUAUUGUGGCAGUUUUCUACUUAUCCAGCUUGGAGUGAAUAAAUGCCCGUGGCUCUCUGUGCUUUCUGGCUUCUUUUCCACUUGGAGUUACAUGUCCUGCAGAGUUGAAUAGACUUCGCCGAAGAAAUGAGAGCUCAAAUAGAAGUGAUUCCCUGUAAAAUCUGUGGGGACAAAUCAUCGGGCAUUCACUAUGGUGUUAUCACCUGCGAAGGCUGCAAGGGCUUCUUCCGACGCAGCCAGCAAAACAACGCUAUGUACUCCUGCUCAAGACAAAGGAACUGCAUGAUUGACCGGACCAACCGUAACCGUUGUCAGCACUGCAGGCUGCAGAAGUGUCUCACUCUUGGCAUGAGCCGUGAUGCUGUGAAAUUUGGUCGCAUGUCCAAAAAACAGCGUGACAGCCUGUACGCAGAGGUCCAGAAACACCAGCAGUCGCAGGAGUGUGCGGGGGUCGGCACCCGCGAGGAGAACAGAGACCUUGCAGAACAUGGCCGCACCUACAGAAGAGGCUCCAGCACCACUCUCAGCGACCUAGACGACAUUGCAACCUUGCCGGAGGGCCUCCUUUUCGACCUGCCGCUGACCCCAGAGGACGGAGGUGGAGAUUACUGCAACCUGGAAAUGCUGGGAGGAAGCGCAGGGAGCAGCUCGUCCUCUCAGAGCUCUCCGGAGCAGACCAGCUUGGACUUUGUUGACAGGAACCACAGCAUCAAACAUGAGUACCAACUGUUGCAUGAUUCUGGACUCUUCUCUCAUGCCAUCCUCAACCCUCUGCCGGAGGGCUGCUCUCUAUUGGAAAUAGAGCGUAUUAUCCAGAGUGUGGUAAAGUCCCAUGUUGAGACAAGCCAAUACAGCACAGAGGAGCUGAAGAGAAUGGCAUGGAACAUCUAUAACCCCGAAGAGACGCGCUCAUACCAGACCAAGUCAACUGAAGUGAUGUGGCAACAGUUCACCGUUCACAUUACCAACGCAAUCCAGUAUGUGGUGGAGUUUGCCAAACGCAUCUCAGGCUUCCUGGACCUCUGUCAGAAUGAUCAGAUCAUUCUCCUUAAAGCAGGCUGCAUGGAUGUUCUUCUGAUCCGUAUGUGCCGAGCCUACAACCCUAUCAAUAAUACACUGCUAUUUGAUGGAAAGUUUGCGAGUGCUCAGCUUUUUAAAGCUCUUGGUUGUGAUGACCUUGUCAGUGCUGUGUUUGACUUAGCGAAAACUCUGAGUCGUAUACAGAUGUCAGAGGACGAGAUGGCUCUGUUCAGUGCGGCUGUCCUGCUGUCACCAGACCGACCUUGGCUGACAGAUGUCCAGAAGAUUCAUAAACUGCAGGAGAAAGUUUAUGUGGGUCUGCAGCGCUGCCUGCAAAAACAGGGAGCAUCAGAGGAGAAGCUAGCCAAGAUGGUGUCUAAGCUUCCCAUGAUGAGGUCCAUUUGUAACCUCCACAUAGAUAAGCUGGAGUUUUUCCGUCUGGUUCACCCCGAGACAGCGUACACUUUCCCUCCUUUGUACAGGGAAGUUUUUGGAAGUGAAAUAACCUUCCCAGACUCCACCGAGGGUUAGUUUAGCCACUUAGCUAAAUGGCGUGAUUAACAGUGACACUGAGGUGUAUUUAGAGGACGAUGAAAAUGUGGUAACCGUCAUAAGGCAAAACCAACCAGCCCAAUGACAAUCCUGCACGUUACACUUUAGUGCACACUCCUCUCACCUCUGAAGUCCAAACUCAUGGAGUAGCUUUCACUGCCCUGCAGGUUAACCCUUUCAGCUAGACACAACGGGAGCUACUGCUGGGUUGUCAGUGCACGGUACCUCCUUUGUAAAGAAGCGAAGAAACCAUUGAAGAGUAGCCUACAUUGUUUUUAUUCCCAAAAAUAUUUUUUUCUAUAAAACACCUUAAACUGCUUGUUGAGUUUAAUUCCUUUCUGGCAUAGAUUUUGUUAUUUUCACAGCUCCUGUGAGCGAGUUUUGAAUGUACCCCCCUCUUUCUGUAACCAUCCAUGAUAUACUAGAAUGUACAAACCUACAGUAAAGUUCUCACCCUUGUCGGGAGAUUUGCAGUAAUGAUGCCUGCUUCAGAUUGGUGCAGAAACAGUUGUUGGUUCUUUGCGUAUUCUCAGUAGCACCCACACAUUUCUGUUUUUGUAACAUGAACAAGCUUAAAGGGACCAUGAUCAAACUCUUAAGCAUAAAGUUUUUUUUUUCUUUGUAAAUCAUCUUUAAACCCACAAACACAUUUAAACUAGAGCACAAAAACAUAGCACUUAUGCUAAAAUCUGAUGUCAGUCAACUGUGAGUUGUUGCUUUUGUUAUGUAAUCUAUGACCUCAGUCCAAAUCCCUUUUUCCUUUUUCCAAAUGCCACUUAGAAAGUGAGAUUAUUAUAGAGGUAUUGUAAAAAUAUUUGCAGAUCUACUUUUUUUAUAUAUAUAAAAUAUAUUUAUAUAUAGGAACAUCUAAAAAAGUGUGAAAUAAGGGCAGAGUUUAUACCGUGUAAAGAGUUGGCAGUCAUGUUGUUCUGCUCCGGUUGUCUUGUCCACAGUUUGAAUUUUUCCAAUAAGAAUGAUCGUAGCGGAAAUUAAAAAAAUGAAUGUGGUUAAUUAGCACUUUGAAGUCUAAAUAAACCAACCUGGCACAAUAUUUUAUAUGUAAGCAGUGUAACUGCCAGCUGUAAAACCUAUAUUAAACCAGACGGAAAGUUUACAACCACCCUCCUGCUUUGGCUGAGUUGUCUGAGCAGAACACUCCAAGGCUGACCUCUGACGAGAGUGGUCUGAAAGUGCCACAUCUCAGCCCUCUCUACACAAAUAUCCCUUUUUUUACUGGCUAGAACUCUCAACUAAAGUCUAAACUAAAAUGUGAAUAUUAGCACAAGGUGAAAACAACUAUAAAUGAAGGGACAUGGAGUUUGACAUGCACAAGAGGAUAGUGGUGUUGUUUAAGCUAUCCAUGGUCUCUUUGCUUUGGGGUCGGGCCAAUUACAUGUGAUCAGAGAUUGAUAACUUGUACUCCUUAGUUCCAGCUCCCUUACUACCUCACCUUCUCCAAACACUAGAUGGCAAAGCACAGGGUUGACAGAGCCAUCAGCUACCCCCCUGAGUUUAAUAUCUAUGUAUACACAGUGAGCCUCAGAAGUAGUAAAAUAAUGCUGAUUAAACUGGAAAGAAACUAAAUAAAACUUUAUCUUUUCGUGCUAAAGAUAUCUCUCUGACUGCUGUUCUGUUUAUUUCAGAACACUGUAUGCCUUUAGUUCAGAAAGCCUUGGACAUACACAGAUCUAUCUCGCUUUAGAGCUCUAGAAAUGCCUGCAGGCAUCAUGAAAACUUUUCAUUUAAACUAGGCGGCUGUAUUAGAUUUCUGUUAAACAAUAAAUCUUGUUGUACCAGCAGUCCAAAGAGGCCAUAUGGAAUUUCAUUAAAUCUCUACAUUUGGAGUCCUAAGACAAUGACAUGAUAGAUGUUGUAUGUAGUCUAUCGCAGAGUAAUCAAGUUGGCUUAGCACUGCUGGGACAGUGCUCUUCACCGUUCGUUAUUUCAUGUGGUACGAAGGGGAGACUCUCCCUUGUUUUGGUACUUAAGAUUGUGGCAUUGUGGGAUUGUGCAAUAAUGUCCUUCCCAUUGUUCUCAGUAUGUCUGGCCUUAGGGCCAUGUAUUACAGUAAAUGUUUUCUCUAGCACUCCAGCACAAUAACCUCAUGGCAACACGAAUAAUCUUAUUCAUAGCAUGAUGUACCAAAUACUCAACAGAGAUCUUUGCAGAUCAGAUGAUCCGGCCACAUGGCAUUUACAGAUGGUAACAAAGUGCAAUGCUUUGUCUUUGAGGCCUGAGAAUGUUAAUCAUUUAAGUUUAUAAAGAAUUCUAUUUGCAUAUAUAAAUUCUGCUGGAUUAAAACAGUCCAAAGAGCGGGACCUAUGAUCUGCACUUUCAAGUCCCUAGACUCACUCAGGGAGAUAGCUGGGCUCUCUGUCCUACAGCGUCUGCAGUUAGUCAAACUAGCAGGAUACCUUGCACCAACAUACCUUGAUCACUGUGUACAGUACAUGUUCUUGUGAAUGUUUGAUUACAGAAGUAUCAAAGACUUUACCCCUGUCUGAUAUCAUUAUUGCAAGACUUUUUAGUUAAAAACAUAGAUUAAAUAGGAGAUUUUAAAAAAAAAACAACAGAUUAAUUGUAAUCUCUGAAUUCUAUGUUGGUUUUGUUGUGAUCUUUUGUUUCAUGAUUUUUAUCCUGCAUUGUUGUACUGUUGUUAUUUUUGCAUCAGUUAGUGUCCUUUUUUCUUUCAGAGAGAUCUAAUUCUAUUUUUUUUAAAAGAGUUUUUAAAGAUGCCUCUCCAAAAGUUUCUCUUUCAUCAUGAUCCCCCUGUUUAUAAUCUUCUCACUUUAUUUUAAGAAUAUUAUUGUUAUUGAAUCAAGAUAGAGUUUAAUAUGAAAUAAUUUAUGACAUGGUUGUGAAGCCUAAGAGGUUUUAACACAGUGAAGUUUUGUUGCACAAUGGUGAUACUGUAUGUGGAUUUAAGAAUGUAAUAAAAGUCUUUUUACAAGUGAAACCAA